AUUUACCGACUGAUUUGUGGUAGGAAUUUUAUUGUUUUUACCCGUCAAUUUUACUUGCACUUGUUUAAUUAUUUUCACAACAAUUAUAACUGAUAUAUCAUAAUUUAGUAAAAAGAAAAGAAGCAUUAAAAAUGACUUUUGAAAGAGGAGCACUAUUAGUUCUGGAAGGAUGUGAUCGAGCAGGAAAAUCAACACAAGUAAAAAUGCUCCUUCAAGCCUUGCAAGAUCGUCAAAUUCCCGCUGAAGUAAUGUCAUUUCCAGACAGAUCGACGACAAUCGGUGCAAAAAUAAAUAAAUAUUUACUAAAAGAAAUUGAUUUGGAACCCGGCGAAAUUCAUUCCUUGUUUUCGCAGAAUCGUUGGGAAAAAGCAAACGACAUGAUAAAAGCUCUUCAAUCGGGAAAAACGCUAAUCGUGGACAGAUACGCCGCUUCUGGUGCUGCAUACGCAUCUGCUUACACCGGAAGGGAUCUUGACUGGUGCAAAAAUCCUGACAAAGGUCUCCCACGACCGGAUCUCGUUGCAUACCUAAAGGUCAGUGAAGAAAACCAAAUGUCAAGGAGCAAUUGGGGUGACGAGAGAUUUGAGAAACGCGAAAUACAAUUAAAUGUCGCUCGUAAUUUUCAAAAACUCGAGGAAGAUAAUUGGAAUAUUAUUGAUGCCAAUCAAACCAUUGACAAUGUUCAGCAACAAAUUCUCAAUGUUGCACUGAAAACAUUACAGCGUGUAAAACAUAGGGAAAUUGAAAAAUUGUAUCAAAACGACGACGACGCAUAAUUUUUGCAAUGAAAAGAAAAAAUUUUAUAUUUUUUCAUGUGAGUAAAUUUAAUUAAAUUCACGACUUAGGUUAAUUGUAUAUAACAAUUUAAAACCUACUUUUUUUAAUAUUUUUGACGGAACAUUUCAGUUGUUUCAGUUAAAAGAAACAAAAAAAUGAAAUUAAAAUUUCUAAAAAAUUUCAGUGAAUCGGAAUUUGGGACGUUUUUCAAUUGUCACAUCGUUUGAUACAUGUCAGUAUUGUGCAAUAUUUCGAAAAUUUAAUUUUCAACAACGAGAAAAACUGGAUUUUUCAUUCACUUGAAUAAACGUUUCAAAUGAA